GUUUUGGCAUCAACUGAGGUGAGAUAAGCUCUGCAACCACCUUAUUCUUCACCCAUUUUCGCACCAAGGCUAAGGAAGAAGAAGGGGAGGAAUAGAGAAGAGAAAAGAGGAAGCUAGAGAGCAAAACUUGAGAUUUUCAAGGAACUUUCACGGAGUUGAAAAGGUCGCCGGAGUUGUCGCCGGAGUUCGUUGAAGUUCGCCGGAGUUUCGUCGGAGCUAAAUCGGGGAGGCUAGAACUUCAUAAGCUUCAUUAAGGUUGAGGCUAGAGUCCUACUACCUGCACCUUUGCCUAGGGUGACUGAUCGAGAAGGAAGACGUGAAAUGGAGGGUGGACGCAGGAUAACUAGGAGGAACCCGACAGGGCAUGUGCCGGGGGCCACCGGGCACGCCACUCGGGCGGAAUCACGGACCUCUAGGGGUAGAGGCCGGGGCCAAAGCCGAGGAGGAGGCCGAGGCAGGGGUCGUGGGCGUUCUACCACGCCGACGACAAGUAGCACACGCGUCGGUUCCGUGCACCCGUCAUGGGCCACCGAACCGGACGACUUCACCUAUGCUCCAAGCACGGAGCAAGAGGAGACCCCGUACAACGGGGAGGACUUUGAGGAAGAAGAUGAGGAUGAUGAUCCUCAUUAUGACCGUAUGAGUGAGGUACUGGAAUGGUACCUCGAGAAUAAGGCAAAGCGGGAACAGCGGCGCCAAGCUAGACAGGCUAGGCAAACCAUGGGGCAGGGAAGCCGAGGUGCUUCUAGUGCUCCAUC